GCUCGCUGGUCAGUCGAGUUUCGUUGGUCAAUGGAAAAUGUUGUGAGGCAUUCGCCAAAUAUUGACUAUGGCCGCACGUUGCACCCUGCUCCCCCUGCUCCCCCUGCUGCUGCUGCUGGCCGUGGGCCUGCUCCACCCCGUGGCACUGGCACUCGAGUUCAUGGACGACGGAGCUCUUGCGAACGAUGAGGUGCAUCCAGCGGGCGAUGAGGGCGAGUAUUCCGCAGAGGCGCCAGCCCUAUCGACGGGCUACACCCGCGACACAAUUGCCCACUUCAAUCCGCGCAAAUCGGACGCGGGAUUCCGGCAGCUCUGGGAGCGCGUUCCCCAGCAGAAAGUCGACGUGAUCAAGCGGCGAUAGGCGGCGGUGGAAAACCCAACCCAAAUCGUGACCAAAUCGCUGCUAACAUUAAUUGGAAUACGCUGCCCGCACGAGCUCAAAGCGGGUGAUUCAGGGGCAGCACUUCGCGCCCAUUUAUUAAUUUAUUUAUUUAUAUUUUAAUCAAUGAUUGAAAGGUGCAGACAAGUUGCCACAUAGUCACAAGAACGCCGAUUAAAAACGACAUGGAU